GCAACCAAAAAGGCGGCAAAAGACGGUGCAUCGAUCAACCGGCAUUGACAGAAGCAACUCACAUACAUAUACAGCCAGCCUCCUGAACGGAAGCGAGCUGUGUGCACGCGUAAGCUCGAUUUGCAAGGCUACAGGCCUGCACAGCACAGACCAAGUAAGCACGUCGCACAAAUCAUGGAGGGCUUCGAGCGCCCGCCAACGCGACGCGGCGCGUCACGAGGCGGACGCAUUCCAUUUUUUGAGCGGCACCGACGAGAAAAUGCAAGGUCGGCCGGUGCGAACCUGUCGGCCGAAGACCUGCAGCGGCGCCUGCUCGCGAUUGGCAACGCCGCGAAGGCGCGCAACCCGGACGGCUUCGUGGACGAGCUGAAGCGCCGCGUCGGCCCGAGCGACGGCGACGACGACGACCUCAAGACGGUAGCCGCGCCCGCGGCGCCGCCGGAGCCGGCCGCGAGCUGGUUUUGUUUAGAACCGGGCACCCGCCUCGAGCGGGCGCUCGCGCGCGGCGACACAAAAGCAGCACGCCUCGCGCGGGCGGAGGCCACAGCGACGCUAAAACGCAUCGCGGCCGACGGCGCGCUGACCGACGCCUGGUGCCGAUCGCUCGUGCGCGAGGGCGCGGACGUCGGCGCGGUCUUCGCAGAUGUGGAGGCCGCCGCCAAGAUGUUGGAUAGUCCCUGGACAAAAGACAAGUUCCAUUGCGUUGGCUUCCUCGCGCUAGCCGCGCCGCACGCCGCGGCAGCGUCGAUCGUGGAAGCGGUGAGGCGCCGCGGAAGCGCCUCGUCGUCGGUCUCUAAUAUCGCAAAAGAAGUCGACGCGACGCUCAAACGGCGGGGCCUCCCGGAGCCGCGAGGCUGGCGGAUGCUGAUGCCUCAGCAGGACGUUUCGAACGACACUGAAGAGUGGACAGCGCUUCACAAAGCUGUGUGUGACUGCGACGUGGCGAGAGUACGAGAAAUUAUUGAAGCAGGCAAUGUCUACGUCGACCAGUGGUCGAGCACCGGUCGACAGACACCACUUUACUGCUGUGUCCAUUUUGGAGGCGGAAAUCCGGAGAUUGCGAAGCUGUUGCUGGAGGCCGGGGCUCGCCGAAAAUUAGACGAACUUAUUGACGAAACCACCGAUGAGCUCCAGGCUUUGUUGCGCCGGUAUCGGGUCGGUGAUCUUAGCCACGACGCUCAGCCCGACGACCCGGCCUCCCCCUCCGAACGAACGACUAACGAAAUCAAGGCAUGGCAUGACCUGCUCGAGAAGGGUGCCAUCACGGAAGCCCACUUCCAGACGGCGAAAACCAAGAUCUUCUCCGCGUUCGAAAACUACGCGAGUGGAGAAGCCCUCCGCGCCACCCAAAAGACCCUCCGCGCCGGCGCCCGUGCGAGCGAGCUCCUCAAAACCCUAGAAAAGGCAGCACCGGAAGCCGCGGCGAAAGCCGAGACCUGGACGAGAGCAGAAGCCGUGGCGCGCGGCGACGCCGCCGAGCGCGCGCGCGUCGAGGCGGAGGCCCGCGCGGCGAAGCAGCGCGACGCCCUGAGCGCGCGCAUCGCCGACCUGGAAACGGCGCUGGCCCGCGCGACGCAGCAGGCGGCCGCCGCGCGCCAGGCGCGCGCGCCCGAAAUUGAAAAAGCGCCGGCCGACGCCGCGGCCCAGGACGUGGACGACGACACGCCGCGCGGCGUCGUCGAGGCGAUCCGCCGGGCGCGCCUCGUCGACGUCGAUUUAUCCUCGUGCCCCGCGGCGGUCCGGGCCGGCGCGCGCGGCCUGCAGGCCUCGCUCGCCGCCGCGGCCGAGCGACUGGCCGGCGACCUCUACGAGCACCGCGCGCACUUCGUCCACGAGCUCGUCCAGAACGCCGACGACGCUAAGUACGCAAGUGACGCGGAGCUCGAGCUCGGCCUCAGGGGGCGCUGGUUCUAUGCCGCGUCGAACCAAGCGCCCGGCUUUACUCGCGAUGACGUCGUCGCCUUAUGUGACAUUAACAAGUCGACGAAGCGGUUGGACGAGGCGACGACUGGGUCCAAAGGCAUCGGCUUCAAGGCGGUCUUCGCCGUGGCCGACGCCGUCCACGUCCUGUCGAACGACUAUCAGUUCGGCUUCGACACGGCGCGCGACGGCGCCAUCGGUCUUGUAAGUCCGCGCUGGUUGGACGACGUCAAUCAAUUGCCGCGCGCCGCGUUGGAGCGUUUUGAAGCGGGCGCCACGGUCGUCGUGCUGGAGCUCAACGGCGACGAGGACGUCCGAGACGCCAAGGCCGCCUUAGAACAGCUCGGCGGCGACGAGGGCCGGCGCACGCUUUUAUUCGCGCGCCGCCUGAGGAAGCUCUCGGUGCGCGUCGACGACGACGUGCGCGUGCUGGCGAACGUCGACGCGGCCUACCGCGUCUUCCGCCGCGGCGACGCCGUCGUCGCGUUCGGGGAGACGCCGGCGCGCGGCUGGGCCCACGCGACGCUGCCGAUCUGCGCGCUGCCGCGGUCCUUCGGCUUCAGCGUGAACGCGCCCUUCGACGUCGUGGCGUCGCGCGGCGCCCUCCGGACCUCGGCGGCGAACGUCCAGCUGCGGCAGCAGAUCUCCGGCGCGGUCCUCGACGCCUGCCAGGACGAUGAGCUGCGCGCGGAGAUCUUCGACUUCCUCAAGCCCGACGACGACGACGACAACGGCGACGCGUUCUGGGGCGCCUGUCGCCGGGAAAUUGUGGACGGCCUCGCGCGCGGCGGCGUCGCCUGCGUGCGGUGCGACGACGGCGAGCUGGCGCCGAUCGACGCCGUGAUGCGCUGGCCGCCGGAGGCGUCGGCGCUGGCGGCGGCACUCCGGAGUUUCGGAGAUCGUAGAAUUAGUGUUGGUGGACGGCGGUUGGCGCGACGCGCACCGGCUGUCGCCCCCGAGUUUAGUGUCGAAGAUCUUGUCGAGUGGCUAAGUGUCUACGACCGGGUCGAGAACGAUGAUGCAAUAUUUGCUGCGCUCCUGACGGCGGAGCCGCACCUCUGGCCUUGCAUUCGGCGCCUCGAGAUUAUUGAUGUCGGUCCCGGCUGCCAUGAAGCUCUCGACAACGGUCUGCUUGUCCUCGGCGGCGACGUCGCGGCGCCAGCUUUGAACAUCUUCCGCGUGACGGACGGCGGGCCCGCGCGGCGCAAGUUCCUCGAGCGCCACGGCGUACCGGCGACCAUUUCGGUGAAGGACGCCUACGCCUACGCCUUAGAUGCGGCGGCGAGGGGCGACGGAGCAUUCACGGAUGCCGCCGAUGAGUCUUACGACGAGCGCUGGUGGGCGCUCCUCGACCUGCUCCGCCGCGCCGUCGCAGCGGGCGAUUCAAGCUUACUGGAAGACCCGCGCGCCUCGACGGUCAUCCGCGUGCCGCUGGUCGAGGGCGAGGCGGCGCUCGCGGGCGACGUCAAUCAGGCGACGUUCCUCGGUGCCCCUGCGUUCCUCCCGCCUGAUUUAGACGCUGCGAUCGGUGCGCUCGUUGGCGAUGGGCCGUCGACGGCCGCGGUCGCCACGCGGACGCCGACGGCCGGUCCGUACCCGGCGCGCGGCGCGGCCGUCGAGUGGGAGGCGCUGCUCGACGGCCUCGGCUGCCGGCGGCCGCGCCUCGACGAGCUCGGCUUCGAGGUCCGAGCCGCGGCCGGCGCCGCCCUCGCCAGCGCGUCCUUCUGGACGGCGCUGCGGCCCUUCGCCGCGGCGUACGUCGAACGGCGCCUCGACGACGCGGAGACGCUCGCGUUUCUGCGGAGCCUACCGGCGAAGCGCGUCGACGGCGAGGUCAAGUGUCUGCGCGACCUGUUCCUGCGCGACGCCUUCUACCCGCUCUGCGGCGGUCUGCUGCCCUACGCGUUCGAGCGCGGCGACGGCGCCGACGGCUUCCCGAGCCUCGCGACGACGGGCGCGCAGGCGACGCGGUCCCUCGUCGCCAAGCUCGUGCGAUCGGACCCGUCGGACGCCGCCGACGCGCGCGCGGCCCUGGAAGUGCUGGCCGGGGCGACGCGGAAGGACGGCGUCUUCCAGGCGGCGGCGGCGCUCUACGGCGUCGCCGCGAUGAAGCUCGCGGCUGUGAACCAGCCGUGGGUGCUGGUGGAGGCCGACGACGAACUUCAGCUCGAGCUGCCGACGAACUGCGUCUGGGACGACAACGAGCAGCUCUGCGAGCUGGCGCGCGCCAAGCGCCUGGCGCCCUUCUACGCGGGCUCGCGAGGCGCCGAGCAGGCGCUCGUCGCCGCGGGCGUCGAGCCCAAGCUCGGGAAAUGUAGAGAUUUCCUCGCGAUCCUCGACGCACUCCGCGGGUCUGUCGUCGAGGCGUCGGACGCUGCUUCACUCUCGCGCGAGUGCUACCGGCGCCUCGCCGAGGCCUGCGUCGCGUCGACCGCGGACCGGGCCGCCUGCGCCAACUCCUUCGUCGCGCAGCGGCUCAUCCUCGUCCCGAAACCUGGUGGGGCGGUCCUGGUGGCGCUGCGGGCCGACGAGGCCUACUGGGACGUCUCCGCGCAUUUACGGCAUACCGCUCUCGACCACUACGCGCUGUCGCACCACUUCGACGCGUCGCUACGGACGUUUUUUGUGGACGUGCUGGGCGUGAAUCCCGAGCUUCUCGAGGAGCCGGCCGUGAGCAGCAACGGUCACACUAUUCCGGGGACCGGCGAGCCGUCGACAAUCCAAGAUGGGUUGCGGUCCGCGGACCUGGCGGCGCCACCAUCGACCGGCGCCGCCGGCGCCGCGCCGACGGAAGCUUUGGCGCGCGCGGCGCUGGCGCGCGUGGCCGAGGGCGACGCGGCGCAUUUGCCGCCGUCUUUCCGGGCCCUACCCGCCUCGCUCGACGCGUUCGCCGCCGCGUGCCGAUCCCUGGGCGUGAACCCGCGCGCGGUGGCCAUCGCGGAGCCCGAUCGGUGCGCAUUUUUGCUGGACGGCUGCGUGAUCCUCUCGGCCGGGCGCAUGCGGCGCAUCCGCCGCGACGACACGCCGUUUCUCGUUACGGAGCUCCUUCACGGCCUGGCCCACGCCGCGGAGGAGGACCACGGUUCCGCACACGACGCGUGCCUCCAAGCGCUCCACGCCUACGCGUUUCCGCGUUUGGCCGGAGGACCGCCGCCGCCACCGGCCCCGGCGGUUCCGGCCGACGGUCCGUUCGGUCGCCAGCAGCCGCCCGCGCCGCCUCCCGCCAUGGCACCGCGCGGGCCCCGGCCAGCCGAAGGCGAUGCGUUCGGCCGGCCGCCGGCUCCGGCUCGCGCGCGGCCGCCGUGCCGCUUCUUCGCCCGCGGGCUGUGCCGCAACGGAGCCGCGUGCCGCUUUUCGCACGGCGACCUCUAG